CGCAGUCUCGUUGGUUGCUCUGGGGGCGUGGCUUGUGUGGGCGUGGCGGCGGGGGGCGUGUCCCGCGGGCGGAAGGCGCGGCGAUGGCCGAGGCGGAGGCGCUGCUGGCGGUGGGGCUGAUCGAAAAAGACACCAACGGCGAUGCCUUGUGGGUUUGGUGUUAUCCGGCUGUAACAGCUGAACUGAGGAGUUUGCUGCUGCGAAAGUGCUGCCUGACAGAUGAAAACAAACUGCUCCACACAUUUGUAUUCGGUCAGUAUAAAAGGACGUGGUUCUACAUCACGACAGUGGAAGUACAGGAUUCUCCAGCCUUGAAAAAGGUGACCCACUUUUCCAUCGUGCUGAUGGCCAAAGACUUUAACCCGGAGAAAUACGCUGCCUUCACGCGGAUACUGUGCAGAAUCUACUUGAAGCACGGAAGCCCAGUUAAAAUGAUGGAGAGUUACAUUGCGGUCCUUACCAAGGGGAUCUGCCAAAGCGAAGAGAACGGCUCUUUCCUCAGCAAAGAUUUUGAUGCUCGGAAAGCUUAUCUCGCUGGUUCCAUCAAAGAUAUAGUGUCUCAGUUUGGAAUGGAAACAGUUAUCUUGUACACAGCGCUGAUGUUAAAGAAGAGAAUUGUCGUGUACCAUCCUAGAAUAGAAGCCCUCCAGGAGUUCACCAGGACUCUGCCUGCUCUGGUAUGGCAUCGACAGGACUGGUCGAUUCUUCAUUCCUACGUGCAUCUAAAUGAGGAGGAAGUGGAAGCCUUAAAAGCCUGCACAGGGUACAUUGCUGGGUUUACAGACUCUGAAGUGAACAGCAGACCAGACCUCUACGAAGUGCACGUGAACUUGGCAGAGAGCGAGAUCACUGUUUCCCCUCUUGCCAAAGAGGCAAUGACAAUGGGAAAACUUCACAAAGAAAUUGGACAACUAAUUGUUCAGUCUGCAGAAGACCCAGAGAAAUCAGACAGCCAAGUCAUUAAGGAUAUUUCUCUGAAGACAAAAGAAAUCUUGGCUACUUUAGCCUCGCUGACUGAAGUUUCUGACAACAGUGAAAAACCAACUCUGAACUCCGAGGCCCUGAAACAAAAGCGUUUUCCACCUGCUACAGAAAACUUCCUUUUCCAUUUAGCAGCUGCUGAACAAAUGCUUAAAAUCUGAUUGUGACGCCCUGCAGCGUUAUGGACUGAUCCACAAACACCAUCUUUGCCAUACGGAUAGGGAUGCCUGAUCUUUUAUAUGGGAAAUUAAAGGUAUAAGAGCGAAUGUCAUAUUUACUGUGCUAUAAUGCAGAAUACCUGGAGCACGUGGAGGUGUAUUUGGGAAUGUUCCUGGUAUCAUUAUCCUCCCUAGCUAUGAUUUUGUAUUUACGGCUCCUGGGUUCCACGGGCGUGUAUAGAGGUGGGACGUGUCUGUGUGCGUGUGACAGACAUCGCUGUAGCAGCCACUUCUCCUGCAGGUUCCAAGCUCUGUUCUUGUUCUCACUUGUCUUCCUGGGAUCUGGAACACAGCACGUACGCUAUCAAACCGAUGUAGGUUGGAUGUGCUGAUGUCUGCACAGGGAUACACAAAACACACAGUCUGAGGGCUGAUUCUGGGCUUCCAGGUGUGUCAGCCUGGCAGAUGUUGUUCCUGGUCCCUGGGAAUCCCAAACAAAUGGACAAGUUCUCCUCUUUCUACUUGGAAGUAGAAAAGGACAUCCGGGAGAAUCCAAUGUAGAUGUACUGUAUAGAGGAAGAGGCCUUACUAAAUGGAGGAAGAGGUAUUUUACAGCUCAAGUGGGAGCUGAGAACCUCUUUUUGGACUCUUGCCUUAGACCUUUUCCCCCUUUCCCUCCAUCCCAUGGAGGGAAAAGAGGAUGGGAUGAUUCUGUUUAAAAUGGGGCUUCCUUAGGGGUCACAGCCCAGUGCUGUUGUAUGGCUGGAGAUGUUGUUGGGGGUUCUCUUCUCUGAGAAGAUGCUUAAGAUUAUGUUGGGUUUCUCUUCUCUGAGAAGAUGCUUGGCCAUUCUUUCCUGAUCCAGUUGACACAAAAGUGGAUGAGUUGAAGCCUAACGGACUAGGAACGUGCCAAUGGCGGGCUGCCACAGCAGGAGCACCACCUGCUUGAGCUGUAACACUAGUAUGGUCUGAUGGUGCUCUGGGUGGGUGGAAAACCUGGAAGAAAUAGUGAAAACUGGGAAAUAAUUGAGAGAAAAUUAAAUUUCCCUCCUUGUUUAGUCAUGCAGCCAUAACUCGAGGGAAUUUUUUAUUGAUUGAGCAGCCUGAAUCGAGCUGCUUUGUGAUCUUUGAGGACCUGGAUUCCUUAUAGGGAAGUACUGAGCCAAAUGGUGUGUUUCUUCAGGAACGUCCCCAAGAAAUCAGUCCGUUCUGCAGCAGCACUUUGUUCUCGUUAAAAGUAACCUUCGUCCUGGCCUUUGUACGGAGAGGCUGUAGCGUGGGGUUUUGCGGAGAGAUUUUAUACUUGUGAUGAAAACUACAGGAAUCGAUAUUUCUAUUGGUAAAUAAUUGCUAUCCUGAAGCUGGUAGAGCUCAUCGAUAGCUGUGUGUGAGCAAUACUGCUUGGGAAAGGCUCGUCCUUUUCCUGUGUAUCAUGAAGUAAGGAAAUGAGUUUUGGGUAAGGAAUGUGGCAUCUGUGAAAUGGGGAGUUACUGUGGGCGUAAAUGAAAGCACUUCAGAAUAACCUCCUAUUUUCAGGGGUGUGGAAUUCCACUUUACACCCUUACUCUGCUGUAUAAGUUCUGAGCGCAGAAGAGCGCGCUGCGCUUUUUAACUUCUGAGGAAAAUAUCAUUGCCCUUGUUCGCUUCUAAGUGCUCCACAGCUUUUUUUUUCUCCCCCCAUUAAUGUGUUUUUCUUCACAAUUCUUCCACAUUGCUGCUUCUGUUCGGGGACUUUUACAGCAGUCGGGAUAGCCGAAGGGCAAGACUGUGCUGAAAAUUCCCUUCAGGACUUACUUGAGUCCAUGGAAAAUGAAGUCCAUCACCUAGAAAAGCCUGCGGGUGCUUUCUGUCUUCUUGUAACGGGGAAGAAAACCGUAGCUCCUUAUUAACAAAAAGCCUUGUGGUGCAUCACUGAGGUGGUGUGGGUGUUAGAGACAGCCACAAAAAGCAGAGAUGCUCGGUUACAAACUAAAUAUCUAGUGUUUGUUUUGCUUUCUGGUUUGGAAACUCCUAUGUUGGAAGUCUCGAUGUUGUGCUAGAUCAUAUACGCGGAUGAAACACAACUUUGCACUUGAGGAACUGGACUCACAGCAUGCUUAUGCCUAUUAAAU